CAUCGAGCCGCGGCGGGAGGGGCGGGGUUGUCUCAACGUUCCAUCCGGCCGUGAAGCGCUCCGCUUGGGAGGAUGUUCUAUCACAUCUCCUUGGAGCAUGAAAUCCUGUUGCACCCUCGUUACUUCGGGCCCAAUCUUCUCAACACGGUGAAGCAAAAGCUUUUCACCGAGGUGGAAGGGACCUGCACCGGCAAGUAUGGCUUCGUCAUCGCCGUAACCACCAUCGACAAUAUCGGAGCUGGCGUGAUUCAGCCGGGACGCGGCUUUGUCCUUUACCCGGUCAAGUACAAGGCGAUUGUCUUCCGCCCGUUCAAGGGCGAAGUGGUGGACGCCAUUGUCACUCAGGUGAACAAGGUUGGCCUCUUCACCGAGAUCGGACCGAUGUCUUGUUUCAUAUCCCGACAUUCGAUUCCUUCAGAAAUGGAGUACGAUACUAACUCGAAUCCACCCUGCUACAAGACUGUGGAUGAGGACAUUGUUAUCCAGCCAGAAGAUAAUAUCCGAUUAAAGAUUGUGGGGACCCGGGUGGACAAGAACGAUAUAUUUGCCAUUGGAUCCCUGAUGGACGACUACUUGGGACUCCUGAACUGAAGGUUCAUUUCUGUUCUUCCGGUGUUCUCCCUGAUCCGUCCUCACAAGGAAAGGUUGGCAGGCUGCUGUUUUACGGGAAAGAGUGACCAUUUGCAGGAUCCCUAAUUAGUUGGGAGCAUCGCUGAAGAUCCACUGGUCUCCCUGUUGUCUUUUGCUGGAACCGCAUGUCUGUGUAAGCCCCUUUUUCCGUCAUUAAACAUUUUCCCGUUCUCUGUU